AUGUCAGACAACACGCAGAGGAGUGGCAGAGGAGGCAAUGUUUCAGGAGCGAGCAGACGUGGCAGCAGAGGAAGGGGUCGAGGCAGCACUAGUCGCAGCCAGAGGCCAGUGCUCCCGGUGUCAUCCAGCGGUCGUGUCUCCACCGACAACCCUGCCGUCAUCGAUUGGUUGACUCGGUCGUCUUCCUCUUCCCAGGUCACCUCUGACACCUACAGCCAACAAUCGGUGGGUACGUCAGACACAACCGUUAGUUGGCAUGGCCCGGGAGCAAGCCCACUGAAAUCACGUGUCCUCUACCUGCCCCUGUCCUUUGGUGUUCCCUCACCAAGCGAAGUAUCGCAUGCUGUGGGCUCAGCCCCACUGUACAGUGAGGAAGAGCUAACAGAGGGCGGUCAGGAACGGGGGGAGACAUCCGCCUCUUCAGCAGCCAGGCGAAGAAGUAGUGGCGAGGAGAGUGGCUCGGUAGCCGGUCUAGAGACAGGUCUGUCUCCUGACCCA